GUUGUCGCCAUGGCACCCGCUGGAUAGACAGCUCCCGAUGAUACCACUUUAUCGGGACAUAACUUGUGUGUGAGUGUGUGUGCAUGUGUCUGUGCGUGCGUGUGUGUUACGUCAUAUCGUAGUCUUGUGGAAUAACUGAAUACGGCGGCUGAAAAGUGCUACAUUCGCCCAAAGAUGUGUGGAAGAACCGCGUGCACGCUUGCUUCCGACGAGGUGAGCCGAGCCUGCUCCUACAGAGACCGUGGAGGACAGCGGAGACAGCCCCGCUGGAGGGACGGAGAUGCGGACAAAUACCGACCCUCUUACAACAAGAGCCCCCAGUCCACGAGUCCCGUGCUGCUGUCCCAGAGGCAUUUCGACACGAAUGCUCCUGUCGAUGAGUGUGUGCUGGCCUCCAUGCGCUGGGGUCUGGUCCCUGCCUGGUUCAAGGAGAAUGACCCGAGCAAGAUGCAAUACAGCACCAACAACUGCCGCAGUGAAAAUAUAUUGGAGAAGAAAACAUACAAGGAUCCCCUGAUAAAAGGGCAACGCUGUGUCAUCCUGGCUGAUGGCUUUUAUGAGUGGAAGAGGCAGGCGAAAGACAAGCAGCCUUUCUUCAUCUACUUUCCUCAGACGAAGGGAACCAGUCAGGAGAAAACAGAUGAUGAGGAUGACCCUGCAACCUCAGCUGGCAAUAAGGAGAAUUCAGAGACAACGGGCCCUCCAGAGGAGGACUCCGCUGACUUGACACAGGGAGAAGCACCAGGUGAGUGGACUGGAUGGAAGUUGCUGACUAUGGCUGGACUGUUUGACUGCUGGACACCUCCAGGUGGCGGAGAACCCCUUUACACAUACAGUGUAAUAACUGUGAACGCUUCCCUGAAUCUGGAAAGCAUCCAUGAUAGGAUGCCAGCAGUCCUGGAUGGAGAGGAAGAAGUGAGAAGAUGGCUGGAUUUUGGGGAGGUGAAGUCUCAAGACGCCAUGAAACUGCUCCAGUCUAAAAGCAGUUUGACUUUUCACCCCGUCUCUUCACUAGUAAACAACUCUCGCAACAACUCUCCAGAAUGCCUUCAGCCAAUAGAUCUAAACAGCAAAAAGGAGCCCAAACCCACAGCCAGCAGUAAGAUGAUGAUGAGCUGGCUGGCGAGCAGUGAACCUUCAAAGAGGAAGGAGCCCGCAUGCGAGAGUAAAGAGCAAGAAAGCGAGGCAGCGGCUCAGUGCCAGUCGACAGGAUUACUUCACCAGUGGCUUCAUGGGGCCAAAAAACCAAGAACCAAAUGAAGAUAUGAACUGGGACUGAAAACUCUGUAGUGUUAAAAGACCAUUUAGGCAUUAUUUAUUCCACUUAACUAUUUUUGACAGUUGUGAGAAAAACAUGCUUUUGCUUCGUAAGUAAUGCUUUCUACGUAAUAAAAAGAAAAUGCUACAGAUUGGAAUUUAUUUCAAAAAUGCUAUCAAUAAAUGUCAGAAAUAAAGACCGCAUGCUUUAAUCAA